GAGCAGAGCGGGCGGCUGCCCGGGAGCGCACGGAGGCGUCCCUCCACACCGAGGCACUGCGCUCGCUUUCCAGCGGCUCCGGCCAGCGGCAGCCCCGCGGGCGGCUCACCCAGUCCCGGGCAGCCCCGGGGGCGGCCCGGGCGGGGUCCCCCGCGCCGCCACGAACACGCCUGUGGGCGUUGAGCCGCCCCGUCCCGCCUCCGCAGAGGCCGCAGCCGCAGUCGCCCCCCGGCCGCUGCCCGGGCCUGCCGGCAGGCUCGGCGCCUCCCGGUCCCGUCCGCUCCCGGCGCGGCCCUCCCGCCGCCGCCUCCACUCGCCGCACCGGGCGCGCCCCCGGGCCGGCCGCGGCCAGGGGCGGGCGGGGGAGCCGCCAGUUGCGGUCCCGCGGGGAGGGGCUCGCAGGGCAGGAUGGAGGCGGAGGGCCGGGUACCGGGGCCGCCGCUCCCCGCCGCCGGGGAAGGGCCCGGAGCCGGCCCGCAUCUCGCAACGGGCGUCUUCGGCACGGCCCGGGGGCCGCUGCUCGCCGCCGCCGAGGUGCUGGCGCUGGACGAUGAGGAAGACGACCUGGAGGUGUUCAGCAAGGAUGCAUCUCUGGCUGAGGUAAACUCAUUCAGUCCUUCAGUGCCAAUGUCCCCCUCAUCAAUGAUAAACCAGUAUAAAUUUGAAGAUGGGCCAGAAUUAAGAGAUCUCUUCAUUACAGUCGAUGAUCCUGAAAGCCACGUUACAGCCAUUGAAACAUUUAUUACAUACAGAGUAGUCACAAAGACAACCCGUGGUGAAUUUGACUCCAGUGAAUAUGAAGUUCGAAGACGAUACCAGGAUUUCCUUUGGCUGAAGAGCAAACUUGAAGAAGCACAUCCAACACUGAUUAUUCCUCCGUUGCCUGAAAAAUUCAUAAUGAAGGGAAUGGUGGAACGAUUUAGUGAUGAAUUCAUUGAGACUCGAAGAAAAGCUCUACAUAAAUUUUUGAACCGUAUUGCUGAUCAUCCAACUUUAACUUUUAAUGAGGACUUCAAAAUUUUUCUUACUGCACAAGCCUGGGAACUCUCCUCCCACAAGAAGCAAGGUCCUGGUUUCCUGAGCAGGAUGGGACAGACCGUCAGAGCUGUAGCAUCCUCUGUAAGAGGAGCGGUUAAAAAUCGUCCUGAAAUAUUUACAGAAAUGAACAAUUACAUGGAAACAUUUAGUCAGAAAAUAAACUUACUAGAUAGAAUAGCUCAUAGGAUUUACAAGGAAGAAAGGGAGUACUUUAAUGAGAUGAAGGAGUACGGCCCCAUCCACACGCUGUGGUCAGCGUCGGAGGAGGACAUCGCGGAGUCCCUGCGGGGCGUUGCGGGCUGCAUCGACCGCUGCUGCAGGGCUGCGGAGAGGCGGAUGGCAGGGCUCUCAGAACACCUGCUGCCCCUUUUACACGAGUACGUGCUCUACACUGAGAUUCUCAUGGGUGUUUUGAAAAGGAGAGACCAAAUUCAAGGCGAGCUGGAUUCCAAAGUUGAUGCUUUAGCCAAUAAAAAGACAGAAAAGGAUCUGUGCCUUGCUACAUGGGAGUCCUUCCUAGCAUCUCAAACAGUGGAUCUUCACGUGGACGAAGAUUCUGAAGACAGGCCUUGAGUAAUAUCUCUGCUUGAUCUCUGCCUUUUCCAUGCAGUUUCUCCCAACCAAAGUGCUUUAUAUGAGAUGUGAUACAUUAUUAAAUUUAACUGUUAAAAUCAGUGAAAUGCAGAAAACAGCUUAUUGAACACUCAGGUAUUCUAGUCCUGAAAUACAUUUUGAAACAUGCUAUACAUUGCUUUAUAUUGCUUAGCUCUGGUUUUACAUAUUUUUAUGUAUUUGCAUACAAUUGUUUUCAUAAAUAUUGUGUAAUUUUGAUAUAAAGUAUUUUAAAUAUGUAAAAAUAGCUCAAUUUUAAUAAAACAUUGAAUAAGGAAAGUUUGUCAUCA